AUGGAUGUGCUGACCAUUACUUCCGUUGUGAGGAAUUUCUUUUCGCUAGAAACGUUAGACACUCGUCUACAUGCACCUUCUUCAAUCGAACGCAAGAACGCAAUUAUCGCUAAGGCCAACAUUCAGUCUAAAUGGAAUACACUAGAAUAUAAAAUAUACGGGAUAAUAUUCGUUAUAGCGGUACCAUUAAUGGCCAAAACAGCAAUUGAAGCUUCGAAUGAAAAUAACCCCAACUACCCUAAAUUUAAGCACUUACUUAGCCAAGGUUGGCUCUUUGGUAGAGAAGUCGAUAACUCGGAUACCCAGUACAAAUUUUUCAGAGAUAACUUACCUAUGCUAGGAGGAAUGAUAUUGAUUCAUUUUGCGUGUAGACAGGCGGCUACAUCAGUUUACCCAGCAUUGAAAAGAACAAAAUUUGACUUUAUCUAUGGAAUGUUGUUUUUAUUGACUGCUCAUGGCACCAACAGUAUUAAGAUCUUGAUCCACUUGGGUAUCAAUUAUUUAAUUGGCAAAAUUGUUGUAGAGAAAAGCAAUAAGAAAACUGCAAUUUUAUUGACCUGGGUUUAUGGGAUACUGACUCUAUUUUUCAAUGACUAUUUUAGAGAUCACUCUGUAGGUAUUUCUUUCAUUGACAAAGGCUGGAAAGGUAUCAUAUCGAGGUGGGACGUUUUCUUCAACUUUACUUUGUUGAGAAUGCUAUCAUUUAAUCUUGAUUAUUUGGAAAGAAGAGAAAAGCUGAACGAAACCCUGAAUGAAAGAGGCGAUAAAAGUUCCGAAUAUGAUUUGCUAACUUCAAAUCUUGAUGACAGAAGCAGGCUCACAGCUCCGCUCCCAAUAACAGACUAUUCAGGCACGAACUAUCUCGCCUAUGUUCUUUAUACUCCGCUUUUCAUUGCUGGCCCAAUUAUCACGUUCAACGACUUUAUUUACCAGUCUAACUAUAAAUCGUGCCCUUCAGUGAAAAACUGGAAGCGUACCUUUAUAUACUUUUUGAGACUAGUCUUCUGUAUUCUCGUCAUGGAGUUUAUCUUACAUUUCAUGUACGUAGUUGCAGUAUCUAAAACCAACGCCUGGGAGGGAAACUCACCAUUUCAAAUCUCGAUGGUUGGUAUGUUCAAUUUAAAUAUCAUCUGGUUAAAAUUAUUGAUACCCUGGAGGAUUCUCAGAUUCUGGGCACUUUUGGAUGGAAUUGAUCCACCGGAGAAUAUGAUCAGAUGCAUGGACAACAAUUACAGUGCCUUGGCAUUCUGGAGAGCAUGGCACAGGUCAUUCAACAAGUGGGUUACGAGGUACAUUUACAUUCCAUUAGGAGGUGGUGGAUAUUACAGGUUUAUCAAUAUGUUAUGUGUAUUCCUGUUUGUUGCUAUUUGGCACGACAUUGAGUUGAAGUUGUUGAUCUGGGGCUGGUUAAUUGUAAUAUUCUUACUUCCAGAGAUACUUGCUACUUUUUUCUUUAAAAGGUAUGAGUCAACCUGGUGGUACAACUAUGUAUGUGCAGCUGGAGCUGUAGUAAACAUCUGGAUGAUGAUGAUCGCCAAUUUAUUUGGAUUUUGUUUGGGCCAAGAUGGGACAUUAAAGUUAUUGAAGGAAAUGUUUUCUACAGUUGGAGGAAUCGAAUUCUUUUUGACUGCGCUGGGUGCACUCUUUGUAGGCGUUCAAAUUAUGUAUGAACUCAGACAAGAUGAGAUGAGAAGAGGUAUUUCAGUAAGAUGCUGA